AUGAACCGGCUCCUUUUUAGCCCACCACCACCGACACUGCCGCCCGCGGCUCUGCUGCACUUGAGCGAAGUCCUGCUGCUAGGCUUCACCCUCCUAUCACUGGGCUGUUGCGCAUGUCGACGGGCCUCCGACCCAGCAGGCGACUUUGAUGAUGAGAUGGAGGAUCGGGGUGACAAUGUGUCUCGAUCUGCAUCGCUGCUGAUACCUGCUACCCGUCUCGCUUCUCCCGCCGAGCGGGGCUUUUGUUCAACUUCGAGCGGCACAAGCGGCGCUGGUGACGACAACGCCGUCGUGUCCGUGGGGUCCACAGAGGGUGUAAGUGCUGCUGCUAUGGGCGUCGCAGCCGACGCCAGCGCCGCGCCGGCGCCGUUCUCCCCGUUGGCUGCCGCAGCUCCGCUGCUUAUCCAUCUCAACCGCCUCCUCCUCGAAAACAAGCUGUUCAUCGCCGUGAAUUGGCUCCCGCUGGUGCCGAACUGCUUGACGUACUUCUUGCGCCCAUCUCAGGUGCUCUACACGUUUCUCUUCACGAAUGACCACUUGGUCCUCCAUGCGGUUUCCCCACGGUCGCCGCUCCCUACACCCGUGUCCUGA